UGUGCAGAUUUAUUAUGGUCUUAGUUCUCAUGUUGGAGUUAUUAAUUAUAUGGCGGAUGGAUUCUCUUGGACGCUUCUUAGAUGUAUUCAUGAAGACCAAAAGGUUCACUCUGCACAACGGUUUGCCCUGAAGGCAGAAUGCAAUUCAAAAUUAGCUGUUUCUCUUUCUAUUAUGGAGGAAUCUUUUCAGUCUAUGGUGGAUCCAAGAACUGGAAUAGACAUGAUACCUCAACUUGUAUAUAAUUGGGGGUCAAAUUUUGCUCGUCUAAACUUUCAUGGAUUUUACACAGUGGUACUUGAGAAGGAUGAUGUGCUGAUAUCUGUAGCAUCCAUCAGGGUGCAUGGGAUGACAGUUGCAGAGAUGCCUCUCAUUGCAACUUGUAGCAGUUAUCGUCGGCAGGGAAUGUGCCGACGCCUUAUAACUGCUAUUGAGGAGAUGCUUAUCUCUUUCAAGGUGGAAAAACUUGUAGUAGCUGCCAUUCCAGCUUUAGUGGAGACCUGGACAAAGGGAUUCGGCUUCGAACUUGUAGAUAGUGAAGAAAAGAAAAGUCUGAAUAAGAUCAAUUUCAUGGUGUUUCCAGAGACACUAAUGCUAAAGAAAUCCCUUUACAAACCUCCAUCAGGUGACAACUUACCCUGUGAAAAGGACAAAUCAAUUAGUAUUACUUGUCUGAAUGGGAAUCCCGUGGAUACAUCUAUUCCUGGAUUUGGUGGUGAAUUGGGCUCCUAUGAAGUUGGUAAAUGGAUGGAAGACAGACCUACAGAGGAGAAAGAUUUACAGGAGUUUGAGAUUGGCAAUCAAAUGGAAAUUGCUGACAGUGAUGAUGAACCACCUCCAGGUUUUCCAGUGCCCUUCAAGAUUAAAUAAAUGAAGUGUAGAUUUUUUUAAAAAAAAAAAAAAGAAAAAAAAAAAGAAAAAAAAAAGAGAAACUGAAGUAUAUACCUUUUCCAAAGGUAAGUCUGCCAUUGUCUCCGUACUUACAAUCAAUGGAAACUGUUGCCAUAAACUGAAAAUUAGAUUGAACCUGGAAUGAAAUCAGAAUUAUUUGGAGGGAAAGAGUUGUCUGAGAAGUUCUUUUAUAGCUAUUUCAUGGUUACUGUUUAGUUAGGAGAGCUGGUAGCAGAGUGGACAUCUGAAUCUUUGCAGCAAGCUGGGAUUGACCAACUUGAACAUGUAGAUGUUGAAUCUGAGAAGUAGAAUUUACAGAUAGGUAAAAACCGAGAAGCCGGUUUGCAGAGACAGUUUUCAAAGAGGUCCUGCAAAGAUCUGGUCUCAACUCCAGGGAAAAGUUAAUUGUUUCUUGAUGUUCGAUCUUUUCUGUAUCUAUGAUGAAACAAAAACGUUUUUCAGAUAAACAGCUAUGGUCACCCUGUUGGGUUGGAUUAGAUAUAGAAAUGAAACUGUAUAUUUCGGAAAA